AUGUUGAGGCUAUAUGUGUGUAUAUUAGAAGCCAAAGACCUACCCGUGAAGGACUCCUAUGUGAAGCUUAAACUUGGUAAGUUUAAGUUAAAGACUAGGAUAUUAAGGAACACGUUCAGCCCCGUUUGGAACGAGGAGUUUGUUUUCAGGGUUCAUGAUGUAGAGGACGUGCUUAUUGUCUCUGUUGUUAAUCAUAAUGAUGAUGAAUCCAAGGUGAUCAAUGGUUCUCUGGAUUUUCUGGGUGAGGUACGGAUUCCUGUAGGUUCAGUUGCUUUUGAGGAUAAGCAAACCUUGCCGCCCACGUGGUUCUCUCUUAAAUGUCCCAAGAGUGGGAAAUUUUUCAAUAUAUAUUGUGGGAAAAUUCUCCUUACCAUUUCGCUUCAUUGUAAAGGCCUUCCUUCCUUUAUCAAUCAUAAGCACUCUCCAAAUUCAACUAUUGCAAUUGAGGACUCAAAACACUUUGAAGGUCUGCACAUUUCAUCCCAGUCACCUUGUCGUAAAAUGGGUGAAGGCAAACAGUUGCUGAAGGUAAUUGCUAAUCGUGUGGAUAAGAUUUUCAAUAAGAAAGAAGGAGGCUCAAAACAUGGGGAUUCUUCAGAACCAUCCAACUCAUUAUCUGAUUAUGAGCAUAGUGUACAGGAAAAUUCAUCUCCUUGUAGCUUUGAAGAGGCCAUUGCAAUAAUGGAAUCAAGAGACAACAAACCAGAAAUGCCUGAAAAUUUGCAGGGUGGUAUUCUAGUUGAUCAGAUUUAUGCAGUGUCUCCUUAUGAUCUUAAUGUAUUUUUUUUUGCACCCAAUUCAAAGUUUAGGAAAGAUUUGGCAGAACUGCAGGGAACAACAAAUAUGCAAGAGGGGCAAUGGUCAUGGAAACAAGGAGAUAUGUCUUGUUUAACACGAGUUGUUUCCUAUACAAAAGCUGCUACGAAAUUAGUUAAGGCUGUUAAUGCCACUGAGGAGCAAACCUACAUUAGAGUGACUAAAGAGGAAUUUGCUGUACUUGUUAGUGUAAGCACGCCUGAGGUCCCAUUUGGGAAUACGUUUCGGAUUGAAUUACUUUACAAGAUAAUGCCUGGAAGAGAGUUAUCUUCUGGAGAGGAAUCCUCCCAUCUUGAAGUAUCUUGGGGCAUUGUCUUCCUCCAAAGCACAAUGAUGAAAGGCAUGAUAGAAAGCGGGACUCGACAGGGAUUGAAGGAGAGUUUUAACCAGUUCUCCAACCUUCUAGCUCAUAAUUUUAAGGUGCUACAUAAGGUAGAUUUAUCUGACAAGGAACACCUGUUGGCAACUUUGCAAACAGAAGACCAGUGGAAUUGGUGGCAGGCAAUCAAAUACUUUUGGAAUUUCACAGUAGUUUCUACCAUUUUUAUGCUUUUGUAUGUGUUAGUGCAUAUUUUCAGGUGUGGUCCAAGUCUACCUCGGGGCUUGGAAUUUAGGGGGCUUGAGUUGCCAGAUAGUUUCGGAGAACUUGUUACAAGUGGGAUUUUAAUCAUCCAGUUGCAACGUGUUUAUAAUAUGGUCUCUCAUUUUGUGCAAGCUAGAUUUGAAAUGGGAACUGACCAUGGCCUGAAAGCCAAUGGUGAUGGAUGGGUUCUUACUGUGGCUUUAAUUGAGGGGGUUGAGUUGGCCUCCUUGGACUCAACAGGGUUGUCAGAUCCCUAUGUGGUUUUCACCUGCAAUGGACAAACAAGGUCAAGCUCUGUCAAGCUCCAAAAGUCAGAUCCUCAAUGGAAUGAGAUAUUAGAGUUUGAUGCUAUGGAAGAACCACCAUCAGUUUUAGAUGUGGAAGUUUUUGAUUUUGAUGGUCCAUUUGACCAGGAUGUUUCACUUGGACAUGCUGAGAUCAAUUUCCUAAAGCACACAUCAACAGAAUUGGCAGACAUGUGGGUCGUGCUUGAAGGAAAGCUUGCUCAGUCUUCUCAAUCAAAGCUGCAUUUGAGAAUUUUCCUUGACAAUAAUAGAGGAGUUGAAACAAUCAAGGAAUAUUUGGAGAAGAAGGAAAAGGAAGUAGGCAAAAAGUUGAAUCUGCGAUCACCUCAAAGGAAUUCUACAUUCCAGAAACUGUUUGGGUUGCCUCCGGAAGAAUUUCUAAUCAAUGAUUUCACAUGUUACCUGAAGAGAAAAAUGCCUUUGCAGGGUCGGCUGUUUCUUUCAGCUAGGAUUCUGGGGUUUUAUGCCAAUUUGUUUGGACAUAAAACCAAAUUUUUCUUCCUUUGGGAAGAUAUUGAAGACAUUCAAGUGCUUCCUCCAUCAUUGGCAUCGGUGGGAAGCCCUACAUUGGUCAUAACUCUGCGAAGAGGUCGAGGUCUUGAUGCAAGACAUGGUGCAAAGUCUCAAGAUGAUGAAGGAAGACUUAGGUUUCAUUUUCAAUCAUUUGUUUCAUUUAGUGCUGCCUCGAGAACAAUAAUGGCCUUGUGGAGAACAAGAAUACUAAGCCCCUAUCAGAAAGCACAACCUAUAGAAGAGCAUGAAGAUCAAGAGGAUGACUUAGUAAUUCCUGAAGACACUGGACCUAUCCUUCUGGAUGAAGCAAAAAUGUCCAAGAUUUACUCUGCAGAACUUCCAAUUAAGAUGAGAUCAGUGAUGGGAAUUUUUGAUGGAGGAAACUUGGAGCAUAAAACUAUGCAGAGAACUGGAUGUAUUAACUAUGAAACUACAACCUGGGAACUAGUGAAGCCUGAUGUCUAUGAAAGGCGUGUUUCUUAUCAAUUCAAUAGGCAUGUGUCAGUUUUUGGUGGUGAAGUCACGUGCACACAACAAAAAUUUCCAAAUGCAAACACUGGAGGCUGGAUUGUGAAUGAAGUUAUGGCCCUUCAUGGUGUCCCAUUUGCUGAUCAUUUUCGUAUUCAUUUUAGGUACGAAAUUGAGAAAUCCGCUCUUGGUGACUGUGCUUGCAAGUGUGAUGCAUAUAUUGGUAGUAUGUGGCUUAAGAGCUCCAAGUUUCAGCAAAGGAUCAACAGGAACAUAACAGCCAAGUUUAACCUUCGAUUGAAGGAAAUAUUUGAAUUGGUUCAGAAAGAGAUUUUGUUAACGUCUCAGAACUGA